AUGGGAUUUGGAGAAUUGGUUCAUGGUCAUGGUCGUAGGUUUUUGAGCCAAUGGGGUCAAUUGGCAAGCAUAUAUAAAAACUCUGGGAAUCAAAGCGGUUUGAAAAAGCAUCCCGCAAAAUUGGACUUGAUGACAGCUUCUAAACCCGUGCGGUGCGGGAUUGUUCUGGGGUCUCUGACAUCGCAGCGAGAUUCAGCGUUCUUGAGCGCUCUUUUGGCCGAUGUCUACGCCUCAGACCAGUACUGGUUCCAAGAAUUUCGCCACAGAUAUAACAACCACAGGGGAGCCACGAGGCUCAUUAGAUAUGCUGCAGCGCUAGAUGUGCAAACGGAGGGACAUACAACGAUAUAUGGGCUGCCGUCACCGUGGCUUCGUGAGCACAAUGUAGAAUUGCAUGAAACAGAGUCAGCCCUGUUUCCGAAAGACGCUUCCAGCGAUGGGUGUCAUCUAUAUCUCGACAUUAAUUCGCACAUUCCAGAAUCCAACAGUCAAUGGCCCAUUCUGAAAGUAACAGACUCGGAUGCACAAAUACCAUUGGGAUCCCGGGAAUUAAACAGUGAGAAAGCAUUAUUAGGAAUCCUCAGUUUCAUCGAAAGCAAACAGAACGUAACCCAAUAUCUGAAAAGUCUCGAAUCCUCGAACUUUUUAUCCGUCACCAAAAGCAUUGCGAAAGCAUUAAGUGAUAAGCCGCAGAUUGUGCACAAUCUGGGAAAGGCGGUGAUUCAAAACAUUUACUGCACUGACACUGCCAUGGCUCAACACGAAACGGCUCGAGUUCAAGCCCGCGAGGUCGAGCACGACAUUGCAAAAUGGUCGACUCAGGCUCACACCAAUUUGUUGUCUGAGUUCAAAUCUCGGCUCGAUCAAUUUGUACACGACCAACUAUCAGUUCGCAGAGUCUAUUGUUACUCCGAAAGCAAGAUGGAACUAAAACUUCGUGAACUUUGCAACAUCGCCGACAAUUCAGGCACUACAGACCAUAUCAAUUACUUGCGCGGUCACCUAAACCUGCCGCAACUGGUGGAGGCUUCUCCUGGUCACCGAAUUUAUGAGAGGAUUCCUAAACUGCAUAAAGAUAUUAACAAACUAAUUUACAAGCAGUUCUUCACUAUUCAGCUACCCCUGCUGGUUUGCGCUACUUGUGGUGUUCUUUCUGGUCAAUUCUCACUUUUUUCAAUGGGCUCACUGGCAAUGUUAGGCAUUGUGAUUGGUGCAAGUAGAGUUAUGAAUAGAUGGUCAUCGAUGUUGCAGCGUUUCGAAGGUGAGAUACUGGAUGAAAAGAGGAUAGAAAUCGAAAACGCACGCAAAGCCAUUCGGAGCGAGUGGUCCAGAGAACUUGCCAAACAUGAGAUUCAGUUCCAGAAAAAGUCAGAACUUUUGAAACAUCUAGAAGAAGCGUGA